AUGAGAAAUUUCAGAAAAAAAUUUGUUAACUAUUUUAAUUCAUCUUAAUCAACUCAUUUACUACAACAAAAUAGAAUUCUAGUUAGAAUCUCUUUCAACAUAUUAUUUUUAAAUAUUAAAUACAAACUAUCAACUCAAAAUUAUAAAUAAAAGCUGUCAAUUAUGUCAAACUUUAAAUAAUAUAUUUCUUGA